CUUGCAAGCAACACUGUUCUAAUAGCACCGUAUUAUCGACUUUAUAAAAACAUGUCAAUCUGACAGCCGACCAGUUGUCUGCCGUCAUUUUUAACAACCCCGUGUGGAGAAUUUUUAUUAUUAAAUUUUGAGGAAAAACGGCGAUAAUUCGGAUUUGUUAAAGUUAAAAGACAGAUAAAGAUGUUGGGUUUAAGAUUUUACGCAAAUACGGCCACACAGGUGUUCAGAAGAGCCGCAUUUGGCACUAGCCAUGUUAUGAGAGCAUCCUCAUCAAAUGCAGCUGCGGUAGAAGCGGCGGCAGCAAGCACUUCAAAUUCUGCCCAAAGUGCAUCGGGAAAUGCCGGCAAGGAGACCAAAGAUGUAAGCAGCCAGAACGUAGUAGAUAACGCAAAGAAACAGAAACAUUCUUUGGUAGCUGCUGCCUUUGAAAAUCUAAAAGAUGAGUCGGCGUCUGGUACGUCUAAUAAAACAGCAGCAACUGGUAAUGGCAACAUCGAUGAACGCAUUACUAAUGCUAAGACAAUAAACGGUCUUUUGUCUGUCGCCGAAGGCAAUACUCCUUUAACCCGCAAGCAUGCUCUUAGAAUUGUCUCAAUUUUGGCUGAAUGGAGCACAAUAGAACGCGUAAAAUUAAAUGAGUUUGAAAAUGAUUCACGUUUUUUGAAAGUCUGCCGCAUGCUAGGACGUACUGUUAAAAAUGGCAAUGGUAACGGCAACGGUAAUGGUCCAAAACGUAUUUCUGGCUUUAGAACCGAUGAUCUCAAUACUGUAUUAGGUGUUGCUGGUGAUGAUGAGGCAGCAAAAUUAAUUGCUAGCAUUAGUUUGCCACAAAUGGUAAAAGUAAUGAGUACUCUGGCUGCUCGUAAACGCCGUAGUACCCCUUUGUUGCGCUCCUUGGCUUUUAAUAUUAGCAGUGCUUCUGAACCGUUGGAUUUAAAACAGUGUGCUGAUAUCUUCUUUGCCAUGGCCACCUUAAACUUCCAAGAUUCUGUUUUGGCUGCCAAAGUAUGUGCUGAUAUACAAGUAGCUCUACCUAAAAAUACAGAUAAAUCAGCAGUAGUUGGUUCAAUACUUACAAGUUUGGGUAUUUUAAAAUAUAGAGAUUUGGACAUUUUGGAAUCACUUACUCAAUGGACUUUAAAACACAGUGAUAUCUGCCGCCCCCAAGACCUCAGUGCUCUCUUCUUAACAUCUGCCAUUUUAAAUUUUAAAAGCGCCAAUAUUGAUGAUGUUCGCCAAAAACUUGUCAAGACAAUUGUUCAACAAGAUUUUACCAAACAUGUUGAUUGGCUUAAUCAUGUUUGGGCUCUAACCAUGUUGGGUCUGUGUGAUAAUAAACACUUGGAAAGUGUUCUAACCCAAACAUUUGUAGAGAAACUACAAUCUGAUAAGAAUGGUCUAACGGCUACCUCAAAAAUGAAGUUAUUAAACUUAAACAGUUAUGCCCAACUAAUGGCAACAGACUAUAAGGGACCUAUAAUUGCCAGCGAUAGUGUAGUAUAUGAUGUGCCUAUGGCACAUCCGAAAUCGAAACAAGUUCUAGUUAAUGGUUUAAAGGACGCAUUAAAGAGUCUUUUGCCGGCUAACAAUCAUGUCAACAGUCUGGUUGAUAGUAAAAUGGGAUUCUUGAUUGAUGCCAAUUGUGUUUUUGAUGCUAAACGUAAUCCUUUGCCCCUAGAUAAAGAACAUGCCAAUGGAAUUAAAAUUGCUUUAAUGGUGGUCGAUUAUCAUGACAUUUGCCAUGGCACCCAUAGAUCAGCUAGUGGCAUAACAUCGCUAAGUUUCGAUUUGCUAGAGAAGAGUGGUUACAAAGUGAUACCCGUGCCGUACAAUGAAUUCAACACGAGUGAUAAGUUAUUAAAAAGAGUGCAGUAUUUGGAAAGUAAAUUUAAAGCGCUCAUUAGUACUAAUACAAAAUGAAAAUAAAACCAAACAAAAAAUACAAUAUACAUUUUAGUUUAAAAUUUUAAAUAAUUGGUAAAGAUAAUACAAAAAAAAAGAA